CCUUAGAGGAAGCGAUUUCUAUUGAACGUUCCACAUCUUUGCCUCUCGAAGCUCCUGAUUGUUUUAAAGUUAGAGGGCUAGAGAAAAAUUGGGCCGAACUUACAAAAGACGGGAGAGGUCACACUGAAUCAGUUGCUCUCUCUAAUAUGGAAGGAUUAAGUGCCACAAAGAAAGGAAUUAUGGUUCAAGCAAUAUUGGACGUUGCUAAUGCGACAUCAGAUCAAAUAUUAUCACGUAACUUUCCCCAAGCCCAAUUCCCCAUAAG